UGGUAGAGGGUCUCUAGAUCUCAGAGCUUGGGGUCCAUGGUCUUUAGGUUAAGACAGGCAUACAGGAUUGAGUACAUUUUGAUACGUAAGAGUUGUGCUUUACUUGAUGGAUGUCCACGAAAAACUAUUAGUUUCUACUUGCGCUUUAGUACUGCUCAGUCGUGGGUUGUUUGCUAUUUGGAUGUGGAUUACGACAUAAAGGUUUUCCUAUUUUGUAUCAUUCUUAUUGUUUGUGUGGAGACGUUCUUGCACAAUUCCCAGUUGCAUCAAAGGGUGUUCCUCUGGAUUAGGCGAAAACAUGAGAUUCAGGUGACCGAGCAUCAGAUUUUCAAAUAGCUUAAUUCUGAAGCAGGUUUGCUGUGGCACAGCGAUUGCAAUUCAUGCUGCUUUCCAUGACCUUUUCCUUUCAAUUUCUCGACGUAGGCAACUCUGUAGAAAAGCUCUCACGUGUAAUUCUCAAAAGAUGAGAUGAAGACGAAGCGUUGAUUUUCUGCGGAGUAUACAUGGUAGAGCCUUUGAGUACGGUCUGCACGACCGACCUCUCAAGCAUUCCGCAAUAGAGUACACACAGGGUUUUCAUUCUUAAGGAAGGGAUGGGGGUGGUUGACUCACAGCAGCUACCUUAGACGUUCAAGAUGCAACCUGCGAGGGCCCUGGUUGAGAUGCUUGACGUUAUACAGAACACUGUUCUUGACGAAUGGUGUUAGUGCUUAACAUGUUCAUGUUACUCCGCAGUUAUAUGUUGAAAAGUAGACUGGAAGUCAGCUUACAAGGUUGGGUUCUCCAGUCUCUGCCUUCCCAAAUCAUGAGACUCAGCUCAGCGAUCUUUGCUGUGGAUACAUGGCGAUUUUGAAACGAUGUGUUUUUGCCACUCAAGAUAUUUGCCCAUGUUAUUCUUGCUGUAUAGUUUUGUGACUCACAAUAUGUCUGACUAGACUCGUGUUUUGGCACAGUAUUAGAUGAAUCUAAUAGAAACUCGGUAUGGGAGGAUGGAUGGAUGGAUGUUUAGCGGCAGUUCACCACAGGUGUAUUCUUGUCAUCGCAAUGUCCCGACACCUGUAAGCCAACGAUAAACUUGCAGUUCGUGUCAAGUAGCGACAGUCCAUGACUCUUUUGGAUCACCACUACACGCGUGUUCUAAGAGUGGACCCACAAUCUGUAGUAUUUCUCUCACAUUCGAUGCGCCA